CACCAAGCUUGAUACGCGAUCUCUCAUCUAGGAUCUCUAAUAACUAACAUUAUUUUUAUUAGUACUUUUUAAAAACAAUCAUUUCAAACUUUAUUUUUACAUAGUGCUUGUAUAUUUUUUAAUCAUGAUUCGACGAGGAAUCAUUUUCGGAUUAAUAAUAGUCUCCAAUAGCAUGAUUUUAUCAGCGACUAUUUUAUCACCUUUGAAAAUUGAUCCAACACUUCUUCACUUAUAUAAAUCAGGCCUACGUAAUGAGUUGGACUACGUUUUAAAACGUAGCUCUUCCAUCCAAAAUGUUGAUGAGAAUCCGGAUUCAAAAGAACGACGUAGUCAAAUGGGCUCGUCAUUUAUCAGAUUUGGCCGUGGUCACAAUGUUGAAGGUGGAAAUGAAAAUCCAAAUUUUUUGCCAGUUAGUAUGAAUGAAGUUGACACUGGAGCAUCAAGAACCCCUCGUGGACGAUCAGACGUGAUUAUUCGAUUUGGUAGAAGUGGAUUGCGAGAAAAAUUAGAUAAUUACGGGCUGAUGCGUGGUAAAAAAAUGAAAAUAUAUUCCAUGGAUUUAGAAAGAAUUUUAUAUGCUUGUCCUGAUAUUCUUGCAUCUGCUGAUAUUGACGAUAAUUCUGAACUGAUUCAUCUCUGUUCGUCAUUCCAAUUUGCUGCCAAUAAUGAUCCUGCAGACAAAAAUAAAGAAUAAAAUUUGUUAUGCUAAUAUUUGUUGAAUUUUUCAAAUGAAUUUAUCAAAUAGUUUUGUUUAUUUAUAUUUUAUUUAUGACUUGUUGCAAGAAAUUUUUAAAAAUUAUAUACCUCAAAUAGAUAUAUGAUAUUAGUUUUAAUACACUGAAAUCCAAUAGUAAAUUUGUAAUCAUUAAUACAGUGAAUAAUCUUUUUUUAUUUGAAGAUUAAGCAUAAUGGAUUUAAAACAAGUUCGAUAUUCAAGGCUAAUCGUUCUAAUGUUUGUUACGUAAAAGUGCAUCCACCUGACGGAUUUCUCAACCCUAUAAUAUACUGCAUGCUUUAUGUUUGUAAUAAAUCUUUAUAUAAAUCAAUGAAAAAAUAUAUGCUAAAAAAGUGUAAAAAAAAUGAUCUCUCUCGUGUUUGAAAAAUCCGUCUGUAAAUUCAUCUCGAAUUAAACAUGGUACAUAAUUAUUAGCCAAUUCUUUAUAUUAUAAUGAAUAAUUACAUAAAUAGUUAUAUACAUGUCUCUCGAAUUACUCGAAGUAACUUUAUGUAUCUAGAUUUAAUACUUAAUCCAAGAGAAGAAAAUAA